CUCGAGAGUGCAAUGUGCAGACUGUGCGAACACCAACAAAACAACAUGGAAAUGUCAUAAUUUACACGACGAAAAGAGAGUUUCAGUCAUCAUCACGAACGUGAGCAUUUACUUUUUUAGUCCUGCUGCUAUAAUUCCAUAAUUUGAUAUUUUCUACAAGCAAUGCAAGCGGGAAGAACAAUUUGUGACAGUGUAUGUGGAGCAUCAUGGGAAAUGUGGAGACUCACGACCUACCUCCUGUCCGACCAGAUGAGAGGAGGCAACUCAAGCUGACCAGGAAGAUUACGCAGAAGCAAUAUCAGAAGCAUGUGGAUGGCAAUGAUGACAUACCUGGUGCCCUGACCGAGCUUCCCUGGGAGUUGGUGGAUUCCAUCUCUCUUUAUGAGCACUUAGAUGCCUCCUUCAAUCUGCUCUACAGGUUACCAGCCGAGCUUCCCAUGCGUGUCCCCCAUCUGUCCCAUCUGAACCUCAGCCACAAUCGCCUUGUCGCCCUCCCGGAAAGCUUUGCCCUGCUCUUCCAUCUCAAGACACUGCUCAUACACCACAACCAAUUGCAGACGCUACCGGAGUCAUUUGUGCAUCUCGUAAAGCUGCAGAGGCUGGAUGUAUCCCAUAAUGCACUGGAGAUGCUACCGGAGACAAUGGGGAACAUGGAGUCGUUAACAAAGCUGAACGUCAGCGAUAACUUUCUGACUGUCGUACCGCCCUCCUUCGGUCAGUCGGGGAGUCUCAGAGUGAUCUUAGCGGUGAAUAAUCGAUGUGUCGUUCCACUGCAGUCGAUAUGCAAUGAAGGAUCAGACGCCAUCUUGAGAUUCUUAAAGAAACAAUGUAGAAAUGGUUUCACACCGGAAGCGACCGAACAUGGAAACAUCUUCAAGAGAGCAAGAGGUGAUGUUUUACAGUCCGCCGUCUCCAACCCCCACUCAGCAAGAGCACAGUACCUUCAGCAGCAAACAGAAACAACGAAUACAACCAGUAGAAUACGAACGCCCUUACGACCUCCAUUGGAUGCAACAACACUCGAGGCUGAUGAACUUAAAGACAAGAUUGUUGGUUUGUUGUAUGGAGCAGCUAUCGGUGACGCCCUCGGCCUCAGUACAGCUCAGAUGAGCGCAGACGAAUGCUGCUUUCAUUACGAUGAGGGCGCUCUUUCCUACCAAGACAUCAUCAUCGAUAAGUACAGGUUGCAGUGGGAGAAGGGAGAUUGGACAACGGCAUUUGAUCAAAUGGUUUUGGUGUUGGACUCUAUACUCCACUGGGCAGGGGUUGUUGACGAGUUGGAUUUUGCAAAAAGGCUUCAACAUUGGACCCAGCAUGGCUUUCUAGAGUUAGGAGACAAGCAGGGGAUUAACGGCUUCAGCAAUACUAUCGCUAAGGUGCUCUCCAAUGCAAAAUUCAGCAGCGACCCGCAUGGAGUCUCCCAAGGAUUAUGGGAUAGAUCACAUGAUCAUCUUGACGUAGAGUCAUGCGAUCAUCUUGCAGACAAUGCUGCAGUGGUGCGGGCAGCCAUUUUGGGUGUCCCACAAUUCCAUAACCUGAAGGAGGUCGCCAACAAUGCAACCAGGAUUUGCAGGGCAACGCACUUUGACCCAAGGUGUCAAGCAAGCUGUGUAGUCCUCUCCGUCCUGAUCGCCUUGCUUCUCCAAAAUAACCAAAGCCUGUGUACAUCUGCCGCGGCGCCAUUUCUCCAGUCCAUUGUUUCCAUGGCAACCGAAGCGGGGAGGAUGUUCCUGAAAGAGCCCGAGCAUCUACAAGACUUUGACGACUUCUGCAACUUGAAUGACUUUAAAAGUUGGUCUAAGCUACACCCCAACAAGUUUAGCUACACCUUCAAACCAUUAUCAGCUGCAAUGAUUGCCCUUCAAUCUGGACUCUCCUUCAGAGAGUCAAUAACGAAGCUAGUGAUGUUUGGAAGGGAUAGUCCAAGUAAUGCGAGUGUAGCCGGAGCCGUAUUGGGCUGCCGUUGUGGCUAUAAGAAGCUACCCAAAGACUGGGUGGUGAACCUCAGACCGAAGCAGACUCAGUGGUUAGACGUCAAGAUCAAUGCACUACUGGAUAUGAUGGCCAUACCAUAAAUCAACACCUCCAUUCAAUUCCAUCAGGCUUAUGAUCAUCCCAACAAGGGAUCUCAACAAAGCUACCCACAAGGGGACGCCAACGCCAAGCUGGCAACAGCAAAUCUCUCACAGACAACAAUGGCUUAACGUCUAUGACUAUUAAUUGCGCAAAUCAAGAAAUUGUUACUCAGUAAGUACACAGAUGAACAUAAUAUUUACUCUAGCCAUUGUUAAAUCAGCAAUAAGCCUGGCCAGAUUGGAACCCAUGACAUUGUGAGUGGGAGUCCUGCAGUUUCACCACUUCACCAAGGUUGACCACCUGAUUUGGUUAAACUUAGAUCUGAGAAAUGUUUUUGUGAUGGCUGCUGCACCGUGCUUUAAGAAACUGACUCCAAUAGGAUGUGGUUUCCAGGCUCUGGCAGUUCCAUAUAAAGCUGGUUUUAUGCAGCAAUAAUACAAAUAUUUAGAGAUGUAUAUUGUGCCAUUUCCACAAAAAAUUACCAGCCACGCAUUCCAUCAAGAAGUUUCAAAAACAUUAGAUAAAAAGUACUGACAAAUUUACAUACCAAAAAAUCUACAUACAGGCACAAUGACAUACAAGUUUUAUUGAAAAGAAAAGUCUUCACUUUUCACUUGAAAAUAUGAAUAGAUUGAGAGUAUUGAAUGUCAGAUGGCAGUUCAUUCCAUAGUUUGGGGGCAGCCGAUGAAAAAAGGAUCUGUCACCCAUGCUAUAAUCUCAGGAAAAGUCACAGCACAGAACACUAUUUGAGGACAACUCAAUAAGCCUAUUUGAGAUACGGUGGACACUGUUGGAGUGCACUGUUUGGUUUGGUUGUAUAACGGCAAAUUUACCCAAUUCUGAUAGUGUAGAGGGAUUGUGUCCGCCAUAUCUCAAAAAAACUUAUGUGACUAACUGACAUACCUUGAAUGAAAUCGACUUAUUUUGGGAACAACACAAGUUAAAUUCAUUGUUUUUAUUCAUUUAUACCAAAGCCAUUUUAAUUUGUUCCAAUUUUACUUGUUCCUUUCGGAACAUCUUCCAACAGUUUUAAAUUUCCAACUGGAUGCCUUCCCCUAAUUCUUUGCUCCCCUUUUCGUUUUUGGUUUUGUAUGCCUCUGACGGAGGUCUGUUCUGGAUCAAAACCUGAGGCCAUCUCCCCUAAUGUAGAGAGAGAUAUAUACAUGUAGAUAGAUAAAAUGGUUUAUUAAAAAACAAUCCUUGCAACACAAACGCUGAAUAACAAAACAAAAAUAACAUUUAAACAUCUUACAAAUGAAAUAAAAUAAGAGGGUGAGAUAAAAAUGUAAAUAUGUUACAGAAAAAUAUACACAAGCAAAAGUGUUUACCCGACCAACGAGAGACUAGGGUGCGUCAAUUAUCUGCUUACAAAAACCGCCAAAAAUGGUGGUUUGUUGCUUGCUUAAUAAUUACAACACGGUACGCUGUUUUUAUCAAAACCGUGCUAUGAGCUUCUCUGUUAGCAGCAAACAUGCGCUUACGGGUUUCAUGAUGUUGGCCCCUGAGAGUUAGUUGGAACUAAAGAGGUUGAAUGGAUGCAUGUAUACCGUCAGUAUUCUAAGUUACAACCAAUAGGCCUCGUUCAAAAAGAACAGCAGCAAAUCUUAACUGUUGUCUGUUGUCUGUUAAACCUUGACUUUAGUUUAUUGAUCCUCCAGUUUGCUUGUACAAUGUACAUACAAAGUAUGCUUUUAGUUAAUCUGUAAACCAUGAAAAUACAUCUAUGGGUAUGCAAAAACAUAUUUGGGUAUGCAAAAGAGCCAUGCAUACCGUUUACGUUUGAAAUUUAGAUGAUCACCAAAGUUUUUUUUUUAGGGUGAUGGGUGCGUUAUGCUCCACUUGUUUUGGCCAAUGCCUAUGUUAGUAAUUGGUAUUUUUCAGCCAAUUAUUGCCAUCAACACUAUCUCGAGAAAGUGCAAUGUAAUCAAAAUAAAAUGUAAAUAAUUAUAUUGGAAAAAAAUUAUCAAAUCUAUAGUAUUAUGUAUUAAAUCUCAAGGAUUAUGCUUUAUAGGGCUAUCAACAUUUGCUUUUUGUAAUAAAAUUGUACAUGAAAUGGUUGAACAGGCGUUAUUACGUCACGCGGGAGUGUUGAGAUAUUCACAAAGGUAUCCACUGCAAAGUUUGCUCAUCAAUGUCUUCCUCAGUUAAUUACUAUUAAUUGAUUUAAUAUUCAUUUGCUUCAAAUGUAUAUAUGACUUGUAAUAGUCUUAUUUUCUAAAUUUAAAUUUGACCUUUAAAAAUCUUACGGCAGAGAUUUUUAGAAGGGUUGAGCUAACUAUGAGUUAUAAUAAGAUACUUUGUAUCGAUCUAUGACUCAUUUGUGUACGUGUUUCGGAUGAAACGGUUAGGGAAAUUGGAAUUGUAAGUAAAAUGAGCAUCCCGAAGCAAGAACAUCUUGUUUUGUCCUUUGUCCCUGUACAGGUUGCCUUGAAUUGGCGGGCAAAUUGGUCUUUGAAAAGCGGUGUAAACAGUUAAAAGUAUAGUUUUCAAAACAACCGCCGGCUAAGCUAGCCUGAGCUGAAUCUGAAGCCGAAGCCGUGGAUUCUUAAAGGGCCAGAUACUAAAUUUAAGAUUCCAGUCUAAGUUGACAAUGUCUUUGAAUCCGCCUUCGGCAUCAUCGAUGUUUAUUUUGUUUUAUCUGUUUCAAGAGACCAAUAGAAACCACAUAUUCAAAACAUCCCCCUGUAAAACUUUGACUUUACCGAUUCCUUGGUUAACAAACAUCAGAUCUGAAGGUUUACUUUAGGUUGGUAUGUAACCAGUAGCCGAGGCGAAAACAAAAAAGACAUUUUUGGUGUUUUGUUGGAGGGCGGGGGACAGAGAAUACUGUAUAUAAAUUGCUUUUACCCUACAAUGGUCACAUUGUUUACGUAUACUUUUAACUAUUUUUCAAUUCCAUGUGUGUACAUGUUACUAGUGUUCCAAAUUUAUCUUACGGUUUGUUGUGGGGGCAGAUUGUCAACAUUGGUCUAUUUUAAGGCAAUAAUGAGUAUCAUUUAUAUGCUUUGGGAGACUCAAGCAAGUGACUUUUAUUUGCAGUUUUUAGAUGCAUGGAUUAGUAAUGGUUAGGGGGAGGGGAAGAUUUUAAAACGAUUUCAAUGUGUAUGGUCAGAAACAAAAUUAAUUUGUUUUCGUAUCUAUAUAAGUGUAUGGUUGAAAACAAAGUGAGCGAAUUCAGAAUCGAAAAGCAUUUGGUCAGAAACAAAAUGAAUAAAUUCAAAUCGUAAAUAGUAUAUGGUUGUAAACAAAAUGAACGAUUUCAAUUCAAAAAGUAUAUGCUUGGGAAAACAAAUGAUUUUUUUUUUUUUAAAUCAAUAUAUAUAGAUGGUCAGAAACAAAUAAAAGUCGAAAAGUGUUUGUUAUGAAACAAAAUGAACGAUUUCAAAAUCGAACGUGCAAUUUUUAGCGUCGAAAACAAAUGACGAUUGCCAAAGUUGAGAAGGAUGUUAGGGCCUAUAUGGUUGGAAACAAAAUGAACGAGUUCGACUAAAAAAGUAUAUGGUUUAGAAAACGAAUGAAAUUUUUCGAAAUCGAAAUAAUGUAGAUGGUCAGAAACAAAUAAAAGUCGAAAAGUGUGGUAUGAAACAAAAUUAACCAUUUCCAAAUCGAAAAGUAUAUGGUCGGAAACAAAAUGAACGAUUUAAAAUUCCGAAAGUGUAUGACCGGAAACAAAAUUCUGAAUCGAAAAGUAUAUGGUCGGAAACCAAAUUUACGAUUCUCUAAUCGAAAAGUAUAUGUCGGAAACAAAAUAAACGAUUUCAAUAUCAAGGGAAUUCCAUUUUUGUUUGUAGCGGAAUCUAAAGUGUGAAAAAUAUCCUAGCCUUAAAGGCAGUGGACACUAUUGGUAAUUACUCUAAAUAAUUAUCAGCAUAAAACCUCACUUGGUAACGACC